CAUCACUAAAAUCUCCACAUUAAUUCUUACUAAUUUUGAGUAAUUUAACUUAAUAUAGCAAAUGGCUUCAAAAGCUUUUCACUAUCAAGGCAAUCACAAAUUCUGUAAAACACAAAAGGGUUAUAUAGUUUAUCCGAAAGCACUUGAUAUUAUUUGGGGAAAUGAUAAACGCUUCUGGAAGUUACCCAAAUAUGAAAAAGAUGGUGCAGAACUUAUACAGGUAAAUUGGUUGGAGGUAACUGGUUGCAUCGACGAUAUUAAUAUAGCGAAGAAAACAUCAUACAACAUUGAAUUUACAAUGUCAUUGAUGGCUGAUGCGUUCGGUUGGAGCGAUUCACCGAUUUAUCUUAUGGCUAAAUGGGGAGAUAAUACUCAAUGGAGAAAGGUAAAUUUGACAAGUGAGACUAAUGGCAAAAAGAUGAUAUCAAAAACUAUUAUGAUAACAAAAGGGAAGGGGAACAAUGUUGAUAAGAUUUAUUUUGGAUUGUAUGAAGUUUGGAACAAAAAGUGGAAAGGAGGUCUCAAAAUACAUUCAGUAAACUUAAUAGAAAUCUAAAAGUUUUAUUAUUGUUCACUUAUUUCAGAGUGUGUGUUUUCUUAAAUAAA